AGCCGCGUCUCCCCAGCAACGGGCCUGGCAAGUCAGGGCUGCGCCUCCGCCCUCCGUCCCUCCCUUCUUCCGUCCGUCUGUGAGGGUCCUUAUACCCCUACAGCCCGCCCGGCCACGGGCACGGAGGCUGAGGCUGCCUGCUCCCCCCCGCCCCGUCCUCCUGGCCGGGGUUCGGGGUGUAUGCAUGGGAGCGUGGGGGGGGGGGGGUUCUUUACUGGCCUCGUCCUCCCCCCCCUCCUUCUCUUCCACACUCCACCCAGAAAUGAUCCAGUGAAACUAGGAGGAGGUGAUUCUCCUCCUCCCUCCUGCUGCUGCUCCUGCUGGUCUGGAAGGGACUGCAGGAAUCUCUGCUCUGCUCUGAGGCAGGGUCUGUGGAGGGGAGAUCGUUCUGUGGAGAGAGGGGGCCGCUGUGGCCCGGGGUGUAGCUCUCCUAGUGCGCGGCGGGGUGCGUGGGGGCUGCUUGGUUCCUGACCAUGGGGAAGGACCAGGAACUGCUGGAAGCUGCUCGCACUGGGAAUGUGGCUCUGGUGGAGAAACUCCUCUCUGGGAGGAAAGGAGGGAUCCUGGGCAGUGGAUCUGGAGCUAUUCCCUUAUCCAGCCUACUGAGCAUCUGGCGAGGACCAAAUAUAAACUGCACAGACAGUUCAGGUUAUACCGCUUUACAUCAUGCAGCUUUAAAUGGACACAAGGAUAUAGUUCUCAAAUUACUUCAGUAUGAAGCAUCAACUAAUGUGGCAGAUAACAAAGGUUAUUUUCCUAUCCACUUGGCUGCUUGGAGAGGAGAUGUAGACAUUGUGAAGAUUCUCAUCCAUCAUGGGCCAUCACACUCCAGAGUGAACGAACAGAACAAUGAAAACGAAACAGCACUUCAUUGUGCAGCUCAAUAUGGUCAUUCAGAAGUGGUUGCUGUUCUGUUAGAAGAGCUAACAGACCCUACGAUAAGGAACAACAAACUAGAAACACCUCUGGAUCUGGCAGCACUUUAUGGACGUCUGCGUGUUGUAAAAAUGAUCAUCAAAGCAUAUCCAAACCUGAUGAACUGUAAUACAAGAAAACACACUCCUUUGCAUCUUGCUGCACGUAAUGGGCACAAAGCUGUUGUACAGGUGCUUCUGGAGGCUGGAAUGGAUGUCAGCUGCCAAACAGAGAAAGGGAGCGCACUACAUGAAGCAGCCCUAUUUGGAAAGGUGGAGGUAGUACGCAUUUUGCUUGAAACAGGAAUUGAUACCAACAUAAAGGACAGUUUGGGUAGAACGGUUUUAGAUAUUCUUAAAGAACAUCCAUCUCAGCAGUCACUCCAAAUUGCAGCUCUGCUUCAAGAAUAUAUGGAAACAGGAAAUGCAAGUAUUUCAGAGGAACGCCCACUGGAAUGCGCAGAACAUCAGUCCUGCAUUUUGUCCCCAGAAGUUCCUCCGUCUCCAAAGGCUAAAAGUGAAGCUGUGACUGGAGAAUUAUCAAAGCUCUUAGAUGAAAUCAAAUUGUGCCAAGAAAAGGAAUACUCUUUUGAAGAUCUGUCUCAUACAAUAUCAGACCAUUAUCUGGACAAUUUUAGUAAAGUAUCAGAGGAAGAACUUAUGACCAGUGGAAACCAAACCAAGCUUAAUGUAAGGCCACCUUCAACAUGUUUAUCACCAAGAGAGGAAGAUGAUGAUGAUGCAGGUGAAAAUACUUGUGGUCCUUCAGGUUUAUGGGAGGCAUUGACACCGUGUAAUGGUUGCAGGAACCUUGGAUUUCCCAUGCUUGCACAGGAAUCUUACUCAAAGAAGAGAGGUUAUGCAUUGGAAGCAAUAUCCUCUGUACCUCUGGAUGCAGUUACUUCAGAAAAUGACAACAGUCUUUGUGAUUCACUAGACGCAGCAGUGACCAAAAAACCUUGUUCCCUAGAGAUAGCAAGAGUUCCUUCCUCAAGACCAGAUAAUGCACCUCAGGUAGCAAUUACUGCACCAGGAUCUGGUAACCAUAGAAACAGCUCUACAGGCCCAACACCUGACUGCUCUCCUCCAUCACCAGACACUGCACUUAAAAACAUAGUGAAAGUUAUACGUCCUCAGCCCAAGCAACGCACAUCAAUAGUAUCUUCUCUGGAAUUUCACCGAAUGAAUCACAGCCACAAUUAUUUUGAAAUCAAGUCAUCCAUUGGCUGUACAAGUUUUAUUUCUACUCCUGCAAUCAGUCCAGCUAAUUAUUCCUUUGGAUCUCUGGAAUACAGUGUUGAAGAGAGAGAACUUCCAGAACGUCUUUGCCAGGGAGAAACAUCCACUGAAAGUGAGCUUCCCAUAGGACACCCAGCUGAACAGUUUGCAGGUUUACUUCAUGGAUCAUCACCUGCAUGUGACCCGCCUGAUAAUCCACUCCAGCUGUACAGCAAAGCAAACCAGUGCAGUGGUCCCCUAGAGAAAAGCAUUUUGAGCAAGAGCACAGUGCAGCAGAUACAGCUACAGAAAGCAAGCAACACGGAUCCUCCUGUUAAGAAAAAAAAGCCACCAGUUGUAAACAGAACCAUAUUUCAUACUAAAACUAAACCAGUAGAAAAUCAUACAUUGGUUGGCACGUCAACAAGGAUAAGUGAACAAUGGGUUAUUACUACUGGGGGAUUUGUGGAGCGAGCAUGCACACUUGGGAGAAUACGAUCUUUACCAAAGACUUUGCUUGAAAUGCAUUUGUGCAAAAAUGUUUCGAAAUCUGAUUCUAAUCUUAUCACCCAUCCACCAAAUGACAAAAAAGCAAGAAGCAACUGGAGUGAACCCACACCAAACCAGCAGUGCUCCAAAGGGAAUUCAGAGAGAACACCUUCUUUCACAUCGGAGUGGGAAGAAAUUGAUAAAAUCAUGAGUUCAAUAGAUGCUGGAAUUAAUACUGGACUGGGGGAGAUGAAUGAUCACACUACAAGACCCCGAUGCCCUGUCCAGACAGUGGGACAAUGGUUGGAAAAUAUUGGGCUACCUCAGUAUGAAAACCACUUGCUGGCUAAUGGAUUUGACAAUGUGCAAUUUAUGGGAAGCAACGUAAUGGAGGACCAGGAUCUCUUGGAAAUAGGAAUCCUUAACUCUGGACACAGACAGAGAAUACUCCAAGCAAUCCAGCUUCUCCCAAAGAUGAAGCAGAUAGGUCACGAUGGCUACAACCCCUCCUCUGUAGCUGAAUGGCUGGAUUCCAUUGAACUGGGUGACUAUACCAAAUCUUUUCUAAUUAAUGGCUAUACAUCGAUGGACCUUGUGAAAAAAAUCUGGGAGAUUGAAUUAAUUAAUGUCUUAAAAAUCAGCUUGAUUGGCCACCGGAAGCGCGUUCUGGCAUCUUUGGGAGACAGGCUUCACGAAGAUCCUCCUCAGAAACCACCUCGGUCAAUAACCCUCAGGGAACCCAGCGGUAACCACACUCCUCCUCAGUUGUCUCCAUCACUUAGCCAAAGCACUUUCACUACUGGUGGCUCCCUGGACGUUCCCCACAUUAUCAUGCAGGGCGAUGCAAGGAGAAGAAGAAAUGAAAACUAUUUUGAUGAUAUUCCCCGGUCAAAGUUGGAGAGGCAGAUGGCACAGUCCUCUGUCUGUGAGAUCUGGACCAACCAGAAUGCAGGAUAUCCUUUCUCAUCGAUUCAUCAGGUUCAUAAUACAGGAGACUGGGGAGAACCUUCAAUUACCCUGAGACCUCCAAAUGAAGCCACAGCAUCAACGCCUGUACAAUAUUGGCAACAUCAUCCAGAGAAACUCAUCUUCCAGUCAUGCGAUUAUAAAGCAUUUUAUUUAGGUUCUAUGCUGGUAAAAGAGUUAAGAGGCACAGAGUCAACACAGGAUGCGUGUGCAAAGAUGAGGAAGUCUACAGAACAAAUGAAGAAAGUACCAACCAUUGUCCUGUCUGUCUCUUACAAGGGAGUCAAAUUUAUUGAUGCAACAAAUAAGAAUAUUAUCGCUGAGCAUGAAAUCCGUAACAUUUCCUGUGCUGCACAAGACCCUGAAGACCUUUCUACAUUUGCGUACAUCACUAAAGACUUGAAGACUAAUCACCACUACUGCCAUGUAUUCACUGCGUUUGAUGUGAAUUUAGCUUACGAAAUCAUUCUUACACUAGGACAAGCGUUUGAGGUGGCCUAUCAGCUUGCACUACAAGCACGAAAAGGGGGCCAUUCUUCAACCCUCCCAGAAAGCUUUGAAAAUAAACCCUCCAAGCCUAUUCCCAAACCACGUGUUAGUAUUCGGAAGUCAGUGAAUCUUCAUCCAUAAAAUUUUAAAGAACUUUUCCUGACGCCAUCUUUCGCCUCAGUAGCAAAAGGACUUCUCAGGAUCCAGCGCAGCUGUGGCAAACCCUGACGCCCUGUGGCUCGGGGGUAGGCACAGCUCUGAUCCAAAGAGGAAAAAGAGGGCAGCCGUGGGUACCCGGGCGCGUAGAGCACCGCGCGCGCUGCUGUAGGACUUUGUCGAUACAGGAUUUGUUCUGCGUUCUGUUCGUUUAAAGAAAAAACUUGCGCCGGAAGCGCUGUGCGCAGAGAUGGUAACCCGUCUGCGUGUUUGCUUUUGUCUUAAAGCAGAUAGAUCCAUCUGAACAAAAGACUCUUGCAAAUCUACCAUGGAUUGUUGAACCUGGACAAGAAGCCAAAAGAGGCAUUAAUACCAAGUAUGAAACUACCAUUUUCUGAUACGAAACUGCCCCCUCCCCGUUCCCUGUUGUGCCUUGCACGCCAAGCAGUCACAGCACAGCCUUUCCUUUAUGGCAACAUUUCAAUCCAGCAGCGAGGAAGACUGCACCGUGUGAGUGGCCUUGUAACUAACAAAAAAGGCUGACAGUCAUUUCUGGUGAUGUUCUUCUUCCUCCAGCACUGACAGAAGAAUGACACUAUACGAAGACUUUUAAAAAUCACAGUCCACAAGAGGAGUGAGAAACCUUAUUUUUCACGCAGUUCUCCCUUGUGACUCUGCCACAGUGCUUUCUUUGAUUUCUUAUUUUACAAUUCUACUUUUUAAAAAAAAAAAACAAAAACAAAAAGGUCUCUAAACUAACACUAAUGCUGCCUAUAAGUAGAAUAUUUGAUUGGUUUUUUAUUUAAAUCUUGGCAGUUUUUAAUUGAAAUAGAACCAGAAUUAAUAAAUAGAGUAUUUGUGAAACCACUGAAUUAGUUAAUAAUUACUGUGUUGAAUAAAGAACUCAUUAAAGUGACAAGAAGUUAGGCACCCUGAUUUCUGUGUGCGCUGGUUUUAUAUGUAAUCAUUGGUGUCCUUUGAUCCUCUACAGAAUAGGAACCUCUUGCAUUGUAACUAAGGAUCAGAGUUUUAUGAAUGAUUAGAAAAAGGUAUUAAUAAUGCACAGAAAACAUUUAUUAGAUAUUUUUAUGGAAGAGAAGUACUAUAGGAAAACAUAUGAAUAUUUAUGGAAGGAAGCCAGAUUAAUUAUGACAAAUAUUGUUUAUUUUAAAGUUAAGUAAACCACUGCUAUUGCAGCAUUAUGAAAAUUAUGAGAGUUGUAGCAUCAGUGCACUGGAUGUUCCGUGUGAUCAGUCUGGAAUGAAAGUGGAAUGGUCAUUCUACUACACCUACAUAUAUUUUAUGCAGUUCAAUAUUGCUAUAGCCAUGAAUUCUACUAGUAUUUUUAAAAAAUAAUCUCAGUGGUUCUAAAAAAAGUCAAAACCAUGGAUUUUGCUAUCAAGAUUUCUGUCACGGAAAGCUUGUUUGGAAGAGUAUUGAUAAAAUUCUACUGCAAAACGUUUUCUAAAUAAAAAUAGUGAGAAAAAAAAUUCCAAAGUAAUAAAAAAGUUUUCAUGGAACAAAAUAGUUAAGCAUUUGCUUAAUAUUUGAUUAAAUAAUAUUUACUUACCUUUUCUUUGAAGUGUUUUAAUUUUUUUAAUGUCUGUGGAGUAUUUGUAUAAUACCAUGAUGUAUAUUUAUGUAGAACUGAAAUUAUAACAGUACAAAUAUCACUAUAGGAGAAGAAUGACAUUUUAACGUAUAUUGUUCUAUCCAGGCAAAUUGUGAAUCAUUUUGAAGUUCAUUAUAGAGAUAUUGAGAAAUUGUGUGGUUGUCUUAAUGUUUUUUUAAUUAUUAUUUCAUAUCCAGCUGAGGUUUUCAGUUAGAAUCAUCAGUUGGUGAAUUCCAAAAAAAUGGAUAAUUGAACUUGGUUUAAACCUGAUAAUUGUAUAUGGUUUAGUUAAACCUCAUCAUAGCGCUGAGUGAUGACAUACUUUUAAUACAGUAUUCAAUUUACUUGAACAAAAUAGUUCCUUGUACAUAUUUUGCCUAUUCACUGUUGAUAUGUACGUAGUCAACUGACAGUAAAAAAAAAAAUAACACUAAAAAUAUGGUACCAAAAGGACAAUUGUAUAGGAGAACAGUAAAUAGUAGCCUCACUGCAACAAAUACUUAUGUAAAUAUGCUUGGGCUUCCAGUUAUAAAUUUUGUAAUUUUGUCAUUUAUUUAUAUCCUAUAAAAGCACACAAAAUAAAACGAAGUUGUACAGUC